AUGAACUCAUGGAACCUGAGUUCUUCAAUACCGAUAGUACAUACACCUCAUGACCAUCCACCAGCACCUGAAGGGAAAGCAGAUAAACCAAAUAGUAGCCAAGGAGAUGACUUGCCACACGAAAAAACGACCGAUUCGGAGGGCGGAUUGAGCCCCAUAUGGCAUUGCGUCAUUUCUGGUGGGAUUGGUGGGAUAAUAGGAGAUUCUGCGAUGCAUUCACUAGAUACAGUCAAAACUAGACAACAAGGUGCGCCGAAUGUUAAAAAAUACAGAAAUAUGAUCUCUGCAUAUCGUACCAUUUGGUUCGAAGAGGGUGUCAGAAGAGGAUUAUACGGUGGAUACAUGGCUGCCAUGUUAGGCUCAUUCCCAUCCGCGGCAAUCUUCUUUGGGACCUACGAAUAUACCAAGAGGACCAUGAUCGAAGAUUGGCAUAUUAACGACACUAUCACACACUUAAGUGCGGGAUUUCUGGGUGAUUUUAUUUCCAGUUUUGUUUAUGUCCCCUCAGAGGUGUUAAAGACAAGAUUACAGCUGCAAGGACGGUUCAACAAUCCUUUUUUUCAAUCUGGUUAUAAUUAUUCAAAUUUAAGGAAUGCCAUAAAGACAGUAAUCAAAGAGGAAGGUGUCCCCUCUCUUUUCUUCGGUUACAAAGCUACUUUGGCUAGAGACCUACCGUUUAGUGCAUUGCAGUUUGCGUUCUACGAAAAGUUCAGGCAACUAGCCUUCAAGAUUGAAAACAAAGACGGUAAAGACGAGGAGUUGUCUAUCUCCAACGAAAUAUUGACUGGUGCAUGUGCAGGCGGGCUGGCAGGGAUAAUAACUACGCCAAUGGAUGUCGUCAAAACCAGAGUACAAACUCAACAACCGCCAAGCGCGAGCAAUAAAGCAUAUUCGGUGUCGCAUCCACACGUCACGAACGGUAGACCCGUGGCACUUUCGAACUCUAUUUUAUUGAGCCUACGGACAGUUUACCAAUCUGAGGGAGCACUAGGCUUCUUCAGCGGCGUGGGCCCUAGAUUCGUUUGGACAAGUGUUCAAAGUAGUAUAAUGUUGCUCCUGUACCAGAUGACGCUGCGGGGAUUGGGCAACACAUUCACCAAUUGA